AUAAACCCAGUUCUGUACAAAUAAUGAAACUGAACCAGUAUUAAAGUAAAUCAUGGUAAAAACAAAACGGGAGUACAUUUUCGCGACGUGUUUCCUGUCGGGCGCCGCCGCCAUUAUCUCAUUCGUGUCUUUGGGAACCCAAGAAUGGGUAACAUCGCCAGCGAUUUUGUCCUCUGCAGCAAAUGCAGGUGGUUUGCGCUCAGAAAACGAAAACGACUAUCUCAAAUUCGGACUGUUUAGUGGGACUUUCAACCAAACCACCGCUCAACCAGCAACUUACGAAAUGACAACUGUGUGCUCCUUUGGUUUGAACGUUUGUGCUUUACUGUGCGGCGAUAACAUGGAAGAGAGUUUGGAGAAGUUGUACAAUGGGGAAAGCGACAUAAAGUCUUUAGAGUGCCCUAAAAUUGUAACAACCACUGAUAAGCUUUACAGUGAGAUAACCGACACUUUCAAACUGUUUGUGUCCAAAUCGAGCGGUGAAGAUAGGACGUUUAUCAAUGCGGGUGUCUGGCUGUGUACGAUCAUAUUCCUGUUAAUAUCGGGAAUGGCGGGAAUUGUUUCGGCCGUUUUGGCUCUAUGGAACACGGUCUCGAACCCGUAUCAGAAUUAUUUGAGCAUUUUUGGACUGUACAUUUACAACGCUGUGGCGUUUUUCAGCGUUUCACUAGCGAUCGUGCUCUGGGGUGCAAUGUUUUCGCAGAGUCUGCAAGCUAAUAAUUUGCCAACAGCUAAAACGUUCAAUGAUGGGUUCACAACAGAAGGGCUCUCCAGUUUGGGAUAUUCCUAUUGGAUAAACCUAGCUUCUUUGGCCUGUUAUUUUAUUAGUAUAAGCGUGCUGUGUAUCCGGAACUGGCUCAUUUCCAUAGAGCCGGAAGUAAAUGUGCACAUAGAAGAUAAUGCAGAUCCAGUCAUUCUGUUAUAUUAAUUUACAGCAUUACAUUUAACAGAAUAUCACUAAUUAUUUAUUUGUAAAAAUGUACAAUUGUGUUGUUGUAUACAAGUGCCAUUUUUUGUAAAUAUAAAAUUCAAAUUAUA